AUGUCAGGCGAUUACGACUACGACAGAUACGACGACCCUCGGCGACAUAGAUCCCAUCGCCAUCGGGAUGAUCGCGAACCGCGCUACGUCGACACACAAGAAACCUACGUGCGAGGCUCACCUUAUGUGUCCCAACACACUGAUAUAAUCCGCCGCCCAACUCGCGAGGACAGCGAUCUGUCAAUAGAAGAAGUUCGGCGGGAUUUCCCGCCGCCAGGCGCUGACCCAUAUCUUCGGCGCUCGAUGGUUCAAGACAAUCGGUACGGCCCGCCCGUCCGGUCUCGUUCCGCCGAACGGGGCUAUGGACCAUAUCUUGACGAGCGUCGAGGCCACAAGAGCGCCAUGUACGUCGACGAAGAGAGAGAAAUAAAGCCUCGUCGCCGCUCUCUUUCCCGGAAUCAGAAGAUCUUGGCUGCGGUUGGGGGAGCAGCUAUCGCUGUGGGAACAAAGGAAGUAUGGGAUCGAAAGCAGGCAGAUGGCCGGCCAGUCACUCGAAAUCCGUUAUCAUCGGCUGCAGUUGGCGCGGCGGGUGCGUUUGCCGCAUAUGAAGGCGCCGAGUUCUAUGCUAAGCAUAGCAAUAAGGAGAAGGAGCACAUAAAGACGCACGUGUCCCGUCGCGGCCGGGAUGGAGAACUCAAAGAAUAUUACUCCUCUGACGAAGAGACUGUUGAGCCAAAGAAAAGCCGUCGAAAAUCCCUCGUUGAAGACGCUCUUGGGUUCGUGGGCUUAGGGGCAGCAGCGAAAGCUCUCACAGGUAAAGACGGGAAAAGCCAUAGUCGACGCGGAAGCGGUGAUAGCCACCUCUCUACAAAAAGCCGCCGCUCCACCAGAAGCCGAUCGCAUGGUCGAGGCAAGUCCCCGGAAGGUGCUGCCAGGUUCCAACAAGCGGCAAAGGCUGCUCUUCUCGCCGGCGCCACUGAAGCAUUCAGAGUACGAAAGGAACCCGGAGGAUGGGACGGGGCCAAAGGCAAGCGCAUUCUCACUGCUGCUAUUGGAGCCGGCGGUAUCGAUGCUGCGGCAGAUAAGGAUCCUGAUAAACACAGCAAACGCCAUAUUCUCGAGGCCGUGGUUGGCGGCCUUGCCGGGAACCGACUUAUCAAUGGUUCAAGGAAAGAUGUGCAGGACGAUGAUCGAUCGACGAGAUCUGGGAGGUCACGAUCGCGAUCCAAAGGCCCAGGGGGGAGUGGCCAAGGUGCAGGUCUUGCUGCCCUUGCUACAGCAGGCUUGGGUGCACUGGCUGGAAAGAAACUUAUGGAUCGGUCCCGAUCACGUUCCCGAGGCUCCCGUUCGCGGUCUCGAGCUGGUGAUCGUCGACGGAGACACAGCCCGGAUUCCUAUGACAGCCGUAGCCCCUCUCCACGACGUGGUGACCAAAAGGACCGCCAUAAGCGAAGCAAAAGUGUUACGGAUUACGCCAGAAAAGGACUCGCUGCCCUCGGGAUAGGAGAAGUUGCCAAGUCAGCUAGCCGUGAUCGAGGUGAUCGAGAUGUGCGAGAGAUUGACGAAACGCAUGUUAGUCACAGAUCACGACGCCAUGGAUCUGAUGACGAUUACGAACCCAGACGCUCUCGCCAUGGCCACUCGUCCCGAGAUGACGAUUAUGCUUCAAGCAGAGGUGAGCCAUAUGGCGAUCCCCGCUAUGCCGACUCACGUUCAAACUACGGCACGUCGAGGGAUGACGAUGACCGUCGUUCAAGCACAAAGAAGAAGGAUAGCAAGAACAGGCGUGUUGCCGAAGGAAAAGAAUCCGCAUAUGACUCAAGUAGUGACUUGGGAUCCUCAGGGGAUGAUGAAAAGCGUGCCAGGAAGAUGAAAGGUAAGCAAUUUCUUACUGCUGGUUUGGCCACGGUUGCCACGAUACAUGCGGCGCACAACGUCUAUCAGAGCAUGGAAAAGCGGGAUGCCCGAAGGAAGGCGGUUGCAGAGGGCGAGAUGUCACCUGAAGAAGCCCGAAAGCUCAAGGCAAAGGCAACACUGCAAGAUGCAGCAUCUAUCGGUAUCGCAGCCCUCGGGAUCAAGGGUGCCAUUUCGGAGCUCAAAGAAGUCAACCAUAUCCGAAACGAAUGCAAAGAGUUUGGGCAGAAAAAGGAAGAGCGACAUCAAAGACGUCUUGAGCGACAAAGGGCCAUCAAUGGGGGUACUAGAAGCCGGUCCAACGGCUAUGCCCCUGUGCAGAAUAGUUUCCGCGACGAUUAUGGGCCUCGUUACAUUGAUGACAACCCGUAUUCCGCAGCGCUUCCUGCACCUCCUGUCGGGUACGAUAGAAGAUAA